GCUCCUGACCCACUGAGGGACAAGGUGUUAGAAAAUGGAUGGAUAAUUCAGCCUGUAAGUUGAUGUGAAGUUCGCUCACGUUUCUAUGACAUCACUGUGAGGAGUGAUGUCAUCACUGCGAGGAGUGAUGUCAUCACUGCGAGGAGUCACUUCUACUCGACUUUUAUCCUUUUAUAGUCCACCUGUAUGAAGUCUAUCAGCCCCUAAUAUGUAUUUACAUAAUGACGCCCCUCAUGUAUCCAUGCAGAACCACGAACACCUGGAUUAUUCUGCUCCAAUGGCUACUUAGAUCCCUGUUUGGGAUUUGUGACACUUUUAUCUGAUUUGUGACACUUUUAUCUGAUUUGUGACACUUUUAUCUGAUUUGUGACACUUUUAUCUGAUUUGUGAAACCUCAGUAAAGUUCAGAUCACUAUUCACACUUGUUCCAUGCAGUUUUUGUUCUUUCACUUCAAACUCAGUUCUAAUUCUAAACCACUUUUUUAAUCCCAAAGGGAAACUGAAUGUUGGUGUAACUCAUUAAUGGCUGCUGGAAGGAAAGAGGUGAAUGAAUUGGGUGGAAUCGCCCUUUAGCCAUUUCCCGAAUCGGAAGCUGGAAUCGGAAACCAACUGCAGCUUCGUCCAUACAAUCAAGACAAUUUAUUUCUUCUUUUGUUACUUCUUUGUUGAAAGAUGUUGAAAACACCAAAGUCAAGCAGCCCAGUUCCUGUAAAAACGUGUGUUUACUGUUCCUGCGGCUGGAGACGGUCAGGCCUCGGGCUGAAUAACUGAUCUGUGGACAUUUCUAACUUCCUUCUGUUGGCCUGAUUGCCUCACGGCGUCGUUCUGCUGUCAUAACAGGAAGUCAGCGCUUCAACAUCCUGCUGACCUCAGAGGUCCUGUUUGCUCCAGGUUCCUGGAUGAACUCCGCACACUGAACGCCACCGGCCGCUUUGGGGAACCGCGGCUCCUCGAGGAGACGCCUGAGUCGGUGCAGCGUCCAGGAUGACGCCUGAGGACUUGCUGAACAUUCUGGAGGACUUGGGAGACGACGAGUUCAUUAAGUUCAAGUGGCUCCUGCAGCAGAGCAGCCAUCUUUCCCCAGCCAUGAGAAAGAGCCGCCUGCAGGCAGCGACCAGGCAGGACGCAGUGGACCUGCUGGUCCAGAGCGCCGGCCAUUCUGGACCUGCAGCCCUCAUCAGCCAGGUGUUACUGAAGAUUAACAGGAAAGACCUGCAGCAGGCGCUGUGUGGCCCAGGAGGGAACGGUCACGAUGCUGGGGGAACGCUGCACCACACAGGACGCUCGGGUCCUCCGCCUCUGGCUCAAAGCAAAGCUCCUGGGUUCAUCGAUGUGGUGGUUGGGGCUCCUGAGCCGCAUCCCAUCGCUUUCUACCAGCAGAUGCUUCAGUCGAACUUCCAGGACAAGUUCAUGUGUGCAGAGGAGGGCUGGGCAGAGGACAAGCAGCGUCUGGUUGACGUCUACACGGAGGUCUACGUGGCUGCCGGGCGGGACGUCCACAUCAACACGCAGCACGAGGUCAGGCAGAUCGAGAAUGUGUUGAAGCCAGCCGGGGAAACGGCAGUGAAACCCAGAGACAUGUUCAGUCACCCUUCAGGAGAGUACCAGCCCAUAAAAACGGUUCUGACCAAUGGGAUAGCAGGGAUUGGGAAAACUUUCCUUGUGCAGAAGUUUGUGCUGGACUGGGCUGAACGCCGAUCCAAUCAAGACGUGGAUCUGAUUUUCCCCUUCACCUUCCGCCAGCUGAAUCCACUGAGAGCAGAAAGACUCAGUUUAGCUCAGCUCAUCCACGAAUGCAUCCCAGAAACUGUAGACAUCAGAGAGGAGGCUCUGAAUUACAUCUUUAAAGCGCUGCAGUCUUCUGGAAACAGCAACUUUGACAAAAGUAGAUUUAAACUUCUGUUUGUGUUUGACGGACUGGACGAGAGCCGGCUUCACCUGGAUCUUCACGUCGACGACGUCCGAUCUGUCGACCCGACAAAGACGAACACGGCCGACGUUCUGCUGAGGAACCUCAUCAGCGGGAAACUGCUACGCUCUGCUCGGAUCUGGAUAACAUCGCGGCCGGCGGCAGCCAAUCAGAUCCCUGGGCGGUUCGUCAGCAGCGUGAACGAGGUCAGAGGGUUCACCGACCUCCAGAAGGAGACGUACUUCAGGAAAAGAUUCAGAGGAGAAGAGCAGGCCGAGCAGAUCGUCGCCCACAUCCAGGCGUCCCGGAGCCUCCACAUCAUGUGCCACAUCCCCGUCUUCUGCUGGAUCGCAGCUACGGUCCUGGAGGACGUGUUGAAGACCCGAGGAACCGCAGAGCUACCCAACAGCCUGACGGACAUGUACACAGAGUUCCUGGUGUUCCAGAUCCACCACACUAAACAGAAAUACGGCUCCCAGACGUCUCUUCACUACAUCAGAUCUUUGGCUAAACUAGCUUACCAGCAGCUGGAGAAGGGCAACCUGAUCUUCUACAAGAAGGAUCUGAUAGAGAGCAAUGUGGACUUCAAAGAAGCCUCAGUUUGCUCCGGCGUGUUCACAGAGAUCUUCAAGGAGGUGCGUGGCAGGAAGGGCAAAGACCAGAUGUUUAGCUUCGUCCAUCUGAGCGUUCAGGAGUUUCUGGCUGCUCUUUAUGUCAGGAUGUCUCCUAGCAACAGCAGCAAAAUAUCAUUUUUCACGCAACGAUCAAUGAAAAACCUCCAACUCAUAUUAAACCAAACAUCUUCAAAGAAGAUCCACAGGAUUUACAUCAACAAGGCCUUGCAGUCUCCAAACGGUCACCUGGACUUGUUCCUCCGCUUCUUCCUGGGUCUUUCUCUGAGCAGCAACCAGGAUAAACUGAAGGAGCUGCUGAACCUGACAGUCUGCAGCUUGGAAACCAAACAGAAAACUGUUCAGUACAUCAAGAAGAAGAUCACUGAGAAUGUGUCUGUAGAGAAAAGCCUCAACCUGUUCCACUGCCUGAACGAGCUGAACGACCGUUCUCUGGUGGAGGACAUCCAGCGCUACCUGAGCUCAGGACGUCUCUCUGCAGACCAGCUGUCUCCAGCUCAGUGGUCCGCUCUGGUCUUUAUCCUGCUGUCCACUGAAGACCUGGACGUGUUUGAGUUGCAGAAGUACUCGACGUCAGAGGAGGGUUUUCUGAAGCUGCUGCCGGUGGUCAAAGCUUCCAGCAGAGCUCUGCUGAGUGAAUGUAAUCUGACAGAGAGAAGCUGUGAGGCUCUCGGCUUGUUGCUCAUUUCUGAGUCGUCUGGUCUCAAAGAUUUGGACCUGAGCAAAAAUAACCUGCAGGAUUCAGGAGUGAAGCUGCUGCUGGCUGGGAUGCAGAGCCCUUUGUGUAAAGUCCAGGUGCUCCGGUUGUCCUGGACAGGCAUCACAGGGAAAAGCUGCCAGGAGUUUUCAUCGGCCGUCGGCUCAACGUUCUGCUGUCUGACGGUUCUGGACCUGAGCAGCAACGAGCUGCAGGACUCAGGAGUGAAGCUGCUCUGUGCGGCGCUGCUGCUUCCGCACUGCACUCUGGAAACCCUCAGGUUAAGUCAGGCGUCUCUCACAGAAGCAUGCUGUGAGGACAUCUCAGCGGUUUUCUGCUCCCAGUCCUCCAGACUCAGACAAGUGGACCUGAACAACAACGACCUCGGAGACGUGGGGAUGAAAUGUCUCUCUGCUGGUCUUCAGAGCUGCCACUGCUCUGUAGAAACCCUCAGGUUGUCGGGCUGCAUGAUCUCUGAGGAUGGCUGUGCGUUCCUGGAGUCGGUGCUGAGGUCCAACCCGUCGGGUCUCAGAGAGCUGGACUUGAGCUACAAUCACCCAGGAGACGCAGGAGAACGUCUGCUGUCUGCUCGGCUGGAGGAUCCGCUCUGCAAGCUGCAAACGCUGCGGCUGGAUGGCGGCGGAGAGCGGCGCCUGCAGCCCGGCCUGCAGAAAUAUUUCUGUGAGCUGCUUCUGGACCGGAACACGGCUCACAGGCGGCUGCAGCUGUCCGCCGGCGGCCGGCAGGUGGCGCGGGUGAGCCAGCAGCAGCCGUACCCGGAUCACCCGCAGCGGUUCCACUUCUGCCAGCUGCUGUGCGGCGCGGCGCUGGCGGGCCGCUGCUACUGGGAGGCGGAGUGGCGGGGCGCGGUGCACAUCGCGGUGAGCUACGGGGGGAUCCCGCGGAGGGGAACCAGAGACCAGUGCCUGUUCGGGAGGAACCACCAGUCCUGGAGCCUCUGCUGCUCGGCGGCCGGCUACUCGGUGAGCCACCGGCGGCGGGACGCCGUCCUGUCCGCCUCCUGCGCCUCCAACAGGGUGGCGGUGUACGUGGACGUUCCCGCCGGCGUCCUGUCCUUCUACUGCGUCUCCUCCGACUCCCUGCUCCACCUCCACACCUUCAGCACCACCUUCACCGAGCCGCUCUACGCCGGGUUCGGGUUCUGGUUGGGCGGCUGCAGGACCUCCAGCCUCCAGUUAUUAUGAAAUAAUGAUGCAGAUGUUUUAGUACAUGAGUGGAUCAGUUUAUGGAAAAUAAAAGUCCUGGCAGAAAAUAA